AUGUCUAAAAGGCCAAAUGAGGGCACGCUGUCAGCUCCUCCUCCAUCAAAACGCUCGCGCGUGACCCGAGCUGGCAACAGAACGGCCGAUCGUCUCUCCUCCUUGAGUGACGAAAUCCUCCUCCACAUACUCUCCUAUCUGCCAAUACCUUCGCUACUGAUCUGCCAAAGUGUCUCACGUCGCUUCCACAUCCUUGCAGGAGACUCCGAGCUCUGGAAAAGGAAAUACUAUAGCCGAUGGGUACGACCUCGCGCUCGUCGACUGGCGAACGGCAAACGUGCCAGCUCCCUACGGGCUAAAUUCCAAUACUCUCCGAAGGUAUCGACAUGGUUAGAUCACAGUCAUCUGGCGAAAGAGGGCAUCGCGACAAAUUGGAAACGACAGUACCGUCUGCGCCAUAACUGGUCAAAGGGAGCCUGUCGGGUGUCCGAAGUUGCGUUUCCGCAACCACCCCGUUCACCGCUCCUGGUGGAUUUCUGUGCUGGGUAUGUGUUCACCGCAGACUCGGACCAUGGAUUAAGGGCGUGGGAUUCCGGGAAUCCCAAAUCGUGUCUGGCAACCGUCCCGUUUGAUGGCCCUGGGCCACAAUCAGCGAACGCUCCUACUGCGUUGGCCGCAAGUCGCUGUCCACAGCGGGACCUGGUGUAUGUAGCGGUGGGGUUUGAAAGCGGUCGCUUCAGCAUUUAUCAUCUUGAUACCACCGCAUCUCAACUGAAGGCUCAUUCAUCUCAUGGGGACAGUGCAGGCGCUGCUAUUACAGCCAUCGCAUUGUCAUUCCCGGUUCCUGCAAAUGAUGCUGCCUCUGAUACGUCGGAACCACCACAGAAAGCUCACCGACUUGCGUCUCUCACUGGCGAAAGCAUUCUGACGCCAAUGUCCCUGUCUAUUCGGGUUACGGGUGGGGAGAUCAUCUCUUCCGUCGUGUUCAGCUUUUUUCAUAUUGGCUGUGGCUGGUCGCUUGGGAUCCAAGAAGUACACUUCAAUCAACGUGGCGAGCAGAUAGCCUCGCGACUCACCACAACGGUGGAUUCCCAGUACGGUCUGAUGUCCGCGUCCCCUUCCACCGAGUCAGCAGCCGAAAGUCCGAACAGCCAUCGACAAAAUUCUACGUCAAUCGAACCGUCGAUAUCACAUCACGAACCGCCUACCUCCGUUUCUUACUCACAUCCUUAUCUUUUGAGCUCCCACCGGGACAAUACUUUGACUGUGUAUCUCGUUGUUUCGACGGCCGAUGGCCUCUAUGUCAAAGGGGGUCAGCGACUCUGGGGCCACACGUCGUCCGUUUCGACAGUCCAAGUCAGCGAUCGGGGAAAGGCUGUAUCAGUCAGCUCACAUGGUGGGGAGAUCCGGAUCUGGGAACUUGAGACUUUGAUCUCCUUGUUCGGCACUGCAAAAGCCUUCCGGGAAGAGAGGAGCAUCCAGGUUAGCCCUGAGAAAGAGAAACAGGGCCCGCGAGAAGGCCUUACCCUGCUCUCCGUUGCUCCGCAUAGUGAGACCGGGGAGAGCCGCGGCCCGGCGGAAGGGUCUUGUCAAGAAUGUCAAAAGCGCGGCUGCAUUGGGUUUGACGACGAACGAGUGCUUUUGGUUCGCGAGAACCAGUUGGGCACGCGAUUUCUUGAGUUAUAUGACUUUACUUGA